AUUAAUGAAAAUAUUGAACAAAAAUUUCAACACAGUAUUUAGAAAACUUGAAUCUACAAGUAAAAAAAAAACGAGAAUACUAAGAACGGUUCCAAUUCUGAGAUAUAGAGUGCCAAAUAAUGGUUUAAAAACAUUUAAAAAAAAUUGAAAGUAUCCUUUAUAGACAUAAAUGCCGUUCGACCUCGUUAAUGUAUAAUCAACAACCAUCUCCAUUCGUGGUUUAUGCACCAGAUCCAACAAUGUACGGACCCUAACACGGUCACAUGUCCAUCUCCAUUAACCACUUUCAGUUUCGUUGGCGGGUUGGAACCAGCCGGUCGUGUUCAUCGAUUAACCACCCGCGCACCUUCACAAACUUUCGUUCAAAAUUAAAAAUCGACAUUCAGUACAUUUAUCUAUGUUCUAAAGAAUAUGCGAAUAUAAAAUGAAGCUGCAACAUCGAGUUUUUAAUAUACUGGAUGUCCCAAAUAAGCAGACGAACGUUUUUAUACGAAAAAUAUGUUUAGUGGAUCGGGUAUCGGGAAAAUAGAUAAAAGGGAUUGUUCCUCUGACGUCAGACAUGAAAAAGAAGAAGAAGAUGUGACCGACGAUCCCCUAGCUACGAUAAAAACUGACGUUAAAGGACAGAAGAUUUAUUCGGUUAGCAGGUCAGUGGUUUUACCGAGAUUAUAUGUCGAAAAUUGCAAUUUUCCUAGUGAUGAUACUUCUUUUUAUGGUGGAGGGGUGAAUCCGCUCUUUUUGGAUUCUAAUCAGAAACAUUACAACAACCCUCGUAUAUCUGCGCGUUCGAGAGAAAAAUCAACGUCUUCAGGAUACGGGGAUAGUAAUACUGGUAGCGUUAAUGAUCCUUAUCAGGAGCAACAUAAAUUGGUCGACGAAGUGGGGGUUUUUAUCGAGAAAAAUCCAGCUUUCGUAAGAUCGAUUAAAAUUUCAACACGCGGUAUAAAGAGUAACAAAACCGUGCCGUUUCAUGCGACAUCUGCUGGUGAUACUCUUACAACGAUUCCUGAAGGUAAAAUAGACCUCUCAGUACCUAAGCCAAUAUGGCCUAUACACGAUAAAAAAUUACUGAAUCAAUACGAUUCCAUCGUCGACGACGCUCUUCUUCUUUACACUAGCCUAAACUACCACCCAGAAAACACGAAAAACCAAGAAUCCUACAUAGAUAUGUCCCUCAAAGAUCUACUUCUCGAUAUUUUAAGCGGAAUCAACGAAACUUUGGAAGGUAGAAACACCACGCCCCCCGAAAACCUUCUUAAAAUCAUCGACGAAAAGAUACGAACCAAAUUCGAUAAUUUACGUUUAUCCACCGAGGAAGAACUCAAAAGACUUUGUGUGAAUUUAACUCACAGCCGUACGAAAAACUCCGUUUUGAAAGCUUUGAGUCACUCGACGUCUAGCGGACAUUCCGGCGUCGAAGAUGUGUACGACACCCCGUCAAGGUCGUCGAGUAGUGGGUUCAGUGACCGGAAUUUGCCGGUGUUCGUUCACGAUAAUCUAUUUAACGCGCCCAAUAUCGUUAGGAACGCCCUCAUUUACGGGACAAUCUGUAGAACGAAGACCGGUUCGGAGGGAUUGUUGAAAAAAUCGAAAAAAAUCGGCACGUUUCCUAAAAAAAAUUUGUUAUCGAACAACGACGGUAAACCGAGUGUCUGGGAACAAUAUUACGGCGUUAAAGCUGUCAAUGAUGAACCAAUUCGGUAUCCCAGAAAACCUACAGACGUCCCUGUAUACCCCGUCGGACGACCGGAAGCGGAUUUUACGUUGGAUAUGCCGAGAUCGGAGCAUCUUUUGAGGAGGAUGGAGAACGAUAAAAAAUGGCGGUGUCGUUGUAGAUUGUUGACGUCGUUUUUCGGUUUGAUUUUUUUUUUGCUUUCGGUUAUGGUGGUGAGUUUGGUGCUUACGAGGGGCAGGAGGAUGUUCGGGUCGAUGGUUUAGGUGGCAACGAAGCGGAUUCGAUGAUUUUUUUUAUACGGGGUGAAGUGAUAAUUGAGUCGGUAUCGUUUGUUCGUAAGAAAUUUUAUAGUUACCGUUCUAACGAUUGUGAUAAAGUAUACAGUGUGUCAUCUCGAUUUUUUCGUUAUGUCAUACUAUUAUUUAUAAUAUUUAUGAUUGAUUUUCAUCGAAACAUGUAAAUAUACAAUUCGAAAAAUUAAA